AUGAGACACAGUGCUGGCGCUGACGGGUCACAGGCUGCCAUCCAAAUUAUUGAGUCGCUACGGUCCAACCUAGGUGGCAACUCCAUCAACGACUAUGACAUCGAAUUGGAAGGUGGGGAGUUCUUGACGUCGAAGAUAUGGCUUGACAUCGUCAAGAGUGGUCCUCUUCCUCUGUUGAAGUUGACAUUGAAACCUCGCAUGCGUCCGGGCAACAAUUCUCUUGCGCUCAUACUUUUCUCGACAAAAGAGGUCACAACUGAUGGUUUAGCAUCCACCUCGAGUCAAUCAGCUAGGAACAAUGACGCCUUUGGAGCACUCCCAGAAUCAGAUUACAAAACUUCAGGGGACGAAGGUGAACACGAGAACCUUGACCCUCGCAACCGGUCACUCAUUGUCAGAGCGCCUGGAGAGCUUCAAAUUUUUGACCAGGACGACCCAGAGCCUUCGAAAUUUCAGAAUACGGGCAGGAACACCAAGGGACGGUUACGGAUUACCGACAAACAUUCAGCACAUGGUCCGUCACAUCCAGCCUACCCGCUUGACUCAUUUACUGGGGCGUUGGUUAAAGUAGAUGAUACUCCGGCAUCUGCUGCUGAGGACGCCACUAUGAAGACUCUCAUUGGCGGCUUCGGCGGCCAGUCCGAACCAACCCUUGUCGGCAGUCUCGGGUCACGUCAAGAGAACGACAGUCGUCGUAUUCUGGAUCUCAACUCCAACGGAGGCAAGCCUGAUGAGGAUGGAAGAGUACGUGUUUGGGAUUAUCUAAUUGACGCUGGAGAUGCCGAUGAAGUCAUCUUCACCCCAAGUGCUACGGGACACGAUGCACAAAGCAGCCCUUGCGGAGAUUCUGGCUCUCUAGAAAGACAGCCGCACCGAGUCGAAAGAAGCGAGCAGAGCGAGAAGCAAAGAGAACCGCAAUUGCGCACGCAUGGUGUUAUUUUCGCUGCUAGUAAGAGCAGCGACGAUGCUUUGCCGCAAUCUGCGAAAAUGCUACACCCGGACGGAGGACUAUACAUUUUGGAAUAUCGGAAGAAGGCCGCCUCAAAGCUCGUCUUCGACUUCUUCACUACAUCAAGGUCUUUACUGGAGAUGUUCAUCCCAAUCAAUUUCGAGCACGACACUACCAAAAAGAACUGGGGCGGGAUGAGUGUUAUUUGCCAGGUCAUGGACACGAUCUUCACCCCAAAAGUGCAGCUUGAACAGCCGGCCUACUUCGUCCAGAAUUAUGCAGAUGAUGUUGAUCUUCGAGAAGUCUUUUCCAUAACUGCGCCCUCGAAGGCAUUCGACGGUUGCACUGGGUGCUCGAAGGGCUUCAAGUCAUAUGAUGAAGGAGUAAUACAUCUGAAAACGAUGCAUUUUUCCCAGGACCCUGACCACGCGUUUCUUUCGAGGGAUCAAGCGGCGGGUUUCUUUAUCCGGGCCCCUGAUCAGAUACAAGUCGAAACACGAAUCAAUGACUUGACAUUACUCGUCCGAAAGAGCGAAUCAUUCAUAAGUACACUGUGCGAAAAGGCUGAAGAACUACGUCUGGGGGCUACGAGGUCUGAAGGCGAUGAUACCGAACAAGGCUAUCCAGUGAUGGAGAGGCUCGUCAGGGUUUUCGAGAGUGUCACUCUUCUCAUCGUGUUGACCGCGCGUAUGGUGUCCAAAGUAGACCUCCUAAUGAGGCAAACCCACAGGAGCAGUCGACACAGACAGAAUCUCGCCGCCAAACCGAUCUGGCAACUACACAAGAUCCAUGCAGAAGCCCAGAAGCACCUUGAGCACCUUGAGCACGCAAGAAUCGACAUCAUACUCGCCAGCAAGACAGACAGCCGAGCUGGGCGUGUGACGCUCACCUCGAUCGGACCGGAAUUUAUGAUUUCUUUGAUUAGCAACGGCUUGUUUCUGCGUCGACUCAAAGGCAGCUCGGGGGAAAGCGUUGACGUUUGCGAGUCAUAUAAGCAACAUACAACCAGUCUACAGCUCCAGGUGAACCAGAGACCACAGAAGCGGCUUUUUGCAGAUAUGUACGCGCUUGAAGAAGAACUCGACAUACUGCGCCGGGUGAUACACUGGCAGCGAAAGUUCUGCAGCGACAUCAUGCGUGUGCUCGAUCCCACGUCACACAACCGACAUCAGAAACACUGA